GCCAUUGAUCCGGCAAGCUUAAUUGCGAGCUAUUAAAGCACAUAGAUCACUUGCUUAUGGGCAGUCACACACAGCCAUUGUCCACUGACACAGCAACACACUGCUACUUGCAAAGCUCCAAGCCUGUAUACUGCGACGUUGAAUUGACUAGAAUGGCGAACGCGGCGUCCGGCGUGGCGGUGGCGGAGGAGUGCGUGGCGCGGUUCCAGGAGCUGCGCGGCGGCCGCGCGCACCGCUUCGUGGUGUUCAAGGUCGACGACGCGCUGCAGCGUGUGGUGGUGGACAAGGUGGGCGAACGGGGCGCCGGGUUCGGCGACCUCACCGCCAGCCUCCCCGCCGACGACUGCCGCUACGCCGUGUACGACCACGACUUCACCGUCGAGGACGCCACCGCCACCGGGGAGGCGCAGGCGGCGCCGCGCAGCAAGAUCUUCUUCGUGGCCUGGUCCCCUGAGGCGGCGGCCGUGCGGAGCAAGAUGGUGUACGCUAGCUCCUGCGACGGCUUCAGGAAGGAGCUGGACGGCGUGCAGGUGGACCUCCAGGCCACCGAGCCCAGCGAGCUGACGCUCGACGUCCUCAACGACCACGCAUCCUGAUGAAUGAUGAUGAGUGCUUGCAUCGGCGUCCAUACAUUACGUCACCGUUGCGUACGUACACGUAUGCGUUCGUAUACAUGGCGUGCAAGGUGGUACUACCGUGUACGGGACUACGGGGGUGCUUUGCAGGCAGCAUUGGUGUGUAAUUAAUGGUGAUAUAUACCGAGUCGCGUGCUUGGAUUGUUUCCUUUCCUUCCUGUAACGUUGCUGAUACGUAUACUACACGAAUAAAAGUGAUGAAUUGGUCGCUCUUUUUAUUGA